AAAAUUGGUUAUCAUCAUAAUGCUUCCAUGUGAUAUUCUGUUUCAUAAUUAUCUUGAAUAAUAUCACAGAAUGCCUUCAGCUAGAGAAGUAGGAGUAUUGUAGGCAAAUGGUGUCAAUUCCAGCGACAGACAUCCAUGGUUUUAGGUAAUUAUUUUUUAUGAAAUAAUUGUGUACCAAAUAUUGAAGUCUUCAGCAACAUGAGCCAUGGAGUCUCUAAAUGUAACAAAUGUCAAUUCAAAUUUCUUCGAUGUUGUUAGUAUUAAAUUUCAUUGGCCAGCUGAUAUUGACACCAUCACUGAAACGUCUUUCACAACACCAAACCACCUACUCCUUAAACAAACUUUUCUCUCAAACUCAACUAAUAAAAGCAACUAAAAAAUCUGAAUCCCUAUUAACUGCAGCAAUAAAGUAUCAGGUUCAAAUGGGCAUCCAAGCAAUUGAACAAGUCAAGCCGCUAGUUUUUGAGCUUGCUAUAAGAAAAGCUUAGCAUCUCUCUCUCCACACUCUAAAUAUUCAGCACCACUCUAUCCAACCUUCUCCCUUCUUGCAUGACAAAAAUGGAGGGGCUGAUCCCCUUGGUCUAUAGAGCCAUCAAGGGAAAGAAAACCAGACGUCAAUACGAGUGUCUCUCCUCAGGUGCAGCACUGUUCAACGAUUCUGAAUUCAAUGCCAAUGGCCGCAUGUUCAUGACACCUCCACCAAAGAACAACAAGCAUAUCUCAUCAGGCAUUGUAGCAUUAGAGAUGACUGAAUUCGAUACCCAUGUCCAUCGGUUCAUGACACCUCCACCAGAGAAGCUUGGAGGCUUCAUUGAAGGAAACAACAGACAUCAGAGGCAUAUCUCAGUGCAAGAAUUCCCUCAUGAGUCCUUGUCGCCGGAGAAGCCCAUCAAACCACCUCGUUUAAGGAAAGAUUUUGGUGUAAGGAGCCAUCGUGUGUUCGCUUGCAUCGCUGGCAGGUAGAGUUUGAAAUCAUAUGGGGAAUGGAUGGAGGAAGGAGAUGAUGGUAUGUUCGAAAAAAGUUGGUCUUUUGGUGUAAUUGUCAUGUAAGUGUCAAAAGUGAACUCUACAUAAAUUCUGCAUGCAAGGAUAAUUCUUCAUUUCA